CAAUUGUGUUGCCCUACCUUCUUCAGGGUAUAUUUGUAUUAUGUUUCGUGCUUUCCGCCGACUGCCGCGGCUAUAUUAGUAAUCCGUGGCGAUUGUAAGUAAUAUAACCUGGAUAACGUGUUUUUCCUCGUUUGUACCCUAAUUCGCGAUGUUAUCGUUGAUAAAGUGUAGGUAGCCGCGAUUGAUAAGACAGAGUGAUGUGCACUGAAUGCUUUUAUCAGUUAUAAACAGAUAAGGUUGCUUGGAAACGCCGAGGACAAUAAAUAAUCAAAACAUAGCACACAGAUCGCCAAAGUGGAAUGACGUUAUCAAGAUACGCUUACAGAACAUGUCCACUGCUGCUAUUUCUAGUCACCUGUUGCACGAAAGCUCAAGAUUUAAAUAACCCGUACGGCCCUUCUAGCACCUCUAACUACAAUAACCCGUACACGCAGGAGUCGAACUACCAGAACAAUCCGUACAGCAGCAGUGCAAAUCCGUAUUUGCAGAACGAAUACGAUAGGAACGACGUGUACCGAAGAGAUGGAGCAGAUCAGGUAGACAGGCCCGAUCAGUUCGGAAGGACCGACCAGUAUGGUAGAACCGAUCAAUUCGGAAGGAACGACUUGUACGGCGGAAAAGGCAGAAAUGAUAUCAUCGGGCAAGGAGACGCAUAUGGAAACAGGGAUAGCGGUGAAUAUGAUCCUUUCGGAGGUGGCAAUACACCUUCGUGGAGAAACAAACUUGGAGCGAACAUAGGCCACGAAAGCCAUUCCACAAUCAUCAAAGAAGCCACGUACUUCAUCGUCGCCUCUAAAGUCGUUCGUCCAGGCCAGCUGUACAGGGUGUCUGCGAUAGUUUUAAAAGAAAAACAACCGCUGACCGUUAGAGCUUCUAUUCAAAGAAAUGGAGUCGAGGUGUCCGCUGACUAUAAGGAUGUUAAAGAAGGAAUACCUGAAACGCUACUAAUGAGGGUUCCCAGUACCAGCGCUCCGGGCGAAUACAAGCUAAGGGUAGAAGGUCUGUAUGUAGAUGAACUAGGUGGUGCCCAGUUCAUCAAUGAAACCAAUUUGAUAUUCUCACAAAGAUCAAUGACUAUAUUCAUACAGUUGGAUAAACCUGUCUACAUGCAAGGAGAAACAGUCCGAUUCCGUACGAUACCGAUCAACACCGAAUUGAAAGCGUUCAAUGAUGCUGUGGACGUGUACAUGUUAGAUCCUAGCGGGAACAUAUUGAAACGGUGGUUGUCGAGGCAGUCCAAUUUGGGUACGGUCAGCUUGGAAUACCAGUUGUCUGAUCAACCGACGUUCGGCGAAUGGAAAAUCAGGGUAAUCGCUCAAGGCCAAGUUGAAGAAAGCUCUUUUUUGGUGGAAGAAUAUUACCAAACCAGAUUCGAGGUGAAUGUAACCAUGCCAGCUUUCUUCCUAAACACCGACGAGUACGUUCAUGGCAUUAUCAUGGCCAACUAUACCAGCGGAGCCCCAGUAAGGGGCAAUUUGACUUUGAAGGCGACCGUCAGACCUAUCAAACCGAUCGACCCCAACAAAUACACUAAGAAGAACAGACCGAGGCCAGGGGAGCAAAGAAACAAUUUGUAUGAUGCCGACAGACCGUAUGACUUCAACCAAAACCCUAACGAUGUUAAUAAUAACCAGUACGAUUAUGAAAGAAGGGACUAUAAUCCGCCUAUCGUUGAGAAAUAUUUUACGUUCGACGAGGAGAUACCGAGUUGGUACAAACUGCCUUAUAACUACUAUGAGCCGAUCCCCUGCAUGAAAUUUUUCGAAGGCGUUUAUGAGUUCAAGUAUCCAAUCCAAGACCUGUUACACUAUAUAUCAAGUUUGGACGGUAUGGAAAUUGUUGUGACUGCGACUGUCGGUGACAGGCUUCUGGACGAAGUCAUUGAAGGAUUUUCUACGGCAAGGAUAUUCAAUUCAUCCAUAAGGUUAAAGUUUCUGGGAGAUUCGCCUCAGGUUUUCAAACCUGGAAUGCCGGUUACCGCUUACAUUGCCGCGUCUUACUUUGACGGAUCGCCACUGUCGCCGGAAAUUCUGGGGAGCAGCGUGUUGGAGGUAAGCACGUCGGUUGAUAUGCACGCAGGCGGGAGAAGGGACGUGCCUACGAAGCAGCUGUAUCAAAUGGAAGAUAACCCCGGCGUAUGGGAAUACAAGCUGGAUGUCAAGAAGGAAUUAGGAGUUACUGGUCCUAGAGCGUAUGAAGAGCUAAGCACUAUGAAUGCUUUGAGGAUCAAUGCAAUUUAUAAAGAUGGCUACACUGGUCAAAGAGCUCAAGCAGAAUUACUGAUGUUGGCUCACUAUAGCACAAACAAUCAACAUAUGAAAGUUAUAACCAGUACGACUACGCCUAAGGUCGGCGAAUAUAUGAUAUUCCACAUCAGAAGUAACUAUUACAUCGACAAAUUCAGCUACCUGAUCAUCUCUAAAGGCAUAGUUCUUUUAACUGGCGACCAAGACAUGAACGAUUUCGUGAGCACAAUGGCGAUAGUCUUGAGCGCCGAGAUGGCUCCUGUGGCUACAAUCGUUGUGUGGCAUGUCGGCAAACACGGUGACGUCGAGGUUGACAGUUUGACCUUCCCUGUCAAUGGUAUCAGUCGCAACAAGUUCAAAGUGUUCGUCAACAACAAAAAAGCAAGGACUGGGCACAAAGUGGAAGUGGCCAUAUAUGGAGAGCCAGGCUCGUAUGUCGGUCUAUCAGGAAUCGAUCGAGCUUUCUACACGAUGCAAGCAGGAAAUGAACUUACGUAUGCGAAGGUUAUUUCGAAAAUGUCGACGUUUGACGAUGACACGAACGGAACCCAUCAUCUAACGUGGUUCUCGCAUGAGGGCAAUCCUGACGAGCUGGUUUACUUCCCUUCCAGCACAUUUGGUAUUGAUGCGAAUAGAACGUUUGAAUAUCUGGGCCUAGUGGUGUUUACUGACUUUUUGGUGCAUCGAAGACCGUCAUUCUGCAAUGCUACGCAAGGAUAUGGAGAAUGCUUAAACGGACGCUGCUACAAUUUAAGAAAACGCUGUGAUUACUUUAGAGACUGCGAAGAUGGAUCUGACGAGGCAGGAUGCCAUUACGAGAACAUGACUGAACUAGCACUAUUCAGGAAAUUUAGGUUUAACAGGAUACAAAGGCAAUACGAGAACGUAUGGUUAUGGAAAGAUGUGAAUAUUGGCCCGCAUGGCCGUUAUAUUUUCAAUAUCCCUGUACCGUCAAGGCCCGUUCAUUGGAUGAUCUCAGCAUUUUCGAUGAGCCCCUCACUAGGCUUUGGAAUGCUCAAUAAGGCUAUCGAGUAUCUCGGAGUACUACCCUUUUUUAUCAAUGUGGAGAUGCCUAAUAGAUGUAUGCAAGGAGAACAAGUAGGCAUAAGAGUGACAGUUUUCAAUUAUAUGACAGAAAACAUCGAAGCCACGGUUGUAUUGAAUGGAUCUCCAGACUAUAAAUUCGUCCAUGUCGAAGAGAAUGGCAUUGUAAGAGCAUACAAUCCCAGAACGUCAUUUGGAGAACAUCAAUUUUUCAUCUACAUCAAGGCUCAAGACGCAUCAGUAGUAUACAUACCAAUAGUAGCUACAAAACUGGGAGAUAUUGAGGUGACAAUUCAUGCCUCUACACUGAUUGGAAAAGAUCAAAUCACAAAGAAAUUACACGUCGAGUCUGACGGAGUACCGCAGUAUCGUCAUCAAUCUAUGCUAUUAGAUCUGAGCAACCGUGCGUAUGCUUUCCAGUACAUGCACGUCAAUGUGACCGAAACGCCCAUAAUUCCGUACGAGUACGAUCGAUACUACGUGUACGGCUCUAACAAGGCCAGAUUGAGCGUCGUCGGAGACGUUGUUGGACCUGUCUUUCCUACCAUGCCGGUGAACGCCACGUCUCUGCUCAACCUACCAAUGGAUUGUGGAGAACAGAAUAUAUUUUCAUUCGCCGUGAAUAUGUACACCCUUCUCUACAUGAGAUACACACAGAUAAAGAAUAGGACGAUACAAAGCAGGCUUUCCAUCAUAUGAACAUCGGAUAUCAGAGGCAGUUGUCGUUUAUGCAACCUGAUGGAUCGUUCUCGACAUUUAGGAGCGAUUGGAAUCAGUCAGCGUCAUCGGUUUGGUUAACCGCCUACUGUGCAAGAAUAUUCCAAGAAGCCAGCUUCUACGAAUGGGAAAACUACAUAUACAUAGAUCCAGCAGUGAUAGCCAAGUCGGUGGAAUGGGUGCUGAAACAUCAGACGCAAGAAGGCGCUUUCUGGGAAGAAACUUGGGUGCCUGACAGAAAGUACAAUCUAACGCUGAACAUUGACAAUGAUCCGAUCAAGUAUAGGAAUAUCACGCUUACGGCUCACGUGCUUAUUAUGUUGGAUACUGUGAAAGACUUGACAAGUGGGUUGAGUUCGCGAGUGGCGAUAGCGGCGAAGCGGGCGAUCUAUUGGCUGGAGCGCAACAUGGACCUGCUGAAGGAGCGCGGCACACCGUUCGACGUCGCGAUCGUGGCGUACGCUUUGAUGAAGGCGAAGGCGCCUAACGCGGACGCCGCCUUCUUGGAGCUGUCCAAGAGGCAACGAUUCGAAGGCGGUUUGCUUUAUUGGGGACGACACGCUAUACCGCAGCCGCCGUACAAGAUCGAGAACCAGAAGCCGUUCUUGCUGCCCCGGCUGCCCUACGAAUACGAUUCGGAGAACAUUGAAGCGACAGCGUACGCGUUGAUGGUAUACGUGGCAAGACAAGAAAUCUACGUGGAUAACAUAGUGCGAUGGUUGAAUACCCAACGAUUGACUGAUGGUGGUUGGGCGUCAACCUCGGACACUGCCAAUGCUAUGCGCGCAUUGAUUGAAUAUACAUCUGCUCAGAGGAUCCGAGAUAUUUCCAGCCUUUCCGUCAUCGUCGAAGCGACCGCGUUGCCAGGAAAGACUCAGGUUCUUUACGUUAACGACAAGAACAGAGUCAACUUGCAGUACAUCGAUAUACCGAACGCGUGGGGCACAGUGAAGGUGCAAGCUAAAGGUACAGGUUACGCGAUUCUCCAGAUGUCCGUCCAGUACAACGUCGACGUAGAACGGUUUCAGACGAAGCCUCCAGUGCAGGCGUUCGACCUCGUCACAAAACAGUUCUUCAGCGGCAGAAAUCAGUCGCACAUCACAUACGUCAGCUGUCAAAGUUGGAACCAUCUGAACGAAUCGGAAAGAUCCGGAAUGGCUAUACUUGACGUUACCGUCCCUACUGGCUACAUUAUCCAACAACAAGACUUGGACGCGUACAUUUUAUCUAGAAGGGUCAGAAACUUGCAACGAGCAAAAUACCUAGAAAGAAAAGUUUUGUUCUAUUUCGAUUAUUUGGAUAGCGAACAGAUUUGCAUAAAUUUCACGGUGGAAAGAUGGUAUCCAGUAGCCAAUAUGUCCAGAUACUUGCCUAUUCGCGUCUACGAUUACUACGCUCCAGAACGGUUCAACGAAACGAUAUUCGAUGCUCUAUCUACGUACGUGCUGGACAUCUGUCAAGUGUGCGGCAGCAGUCAGUGUCCAUACUGCCAUAUCUACAACAUGGCUGCCGACGUGCCGAUACCGAUUUACGUCAUUUUAUUCGCGAGUCUCACGUUAGUUGUACGACAUUUACGUUUACAAGAAGUGAUAUCGUAAACGAAUGUACUGAAUAUUUUUUAUAUACACACGGUCGGAACAACUGAAUUUGUAUUAAAAUCUUUAUAAUCCAAAGAGAGUAGCCCAGUUGUUUUGGGAUGUUUUCGGGUUACCAUUUAGUCUCUAGCGACCCUAGUACAAAGUAGUUCCGAGUGCCUAACUGAAGAUUUCAAUACAAAUUUGAUAGAUUUCCAUAUGGAUAUACAUAUGGACAAUUUAUACAGAAACGUUUUUUUACGUUGAUGUUCAAUAUCGAACAAUUCAUUUUUUUUUAAUUAACUACGAUUUGCGCAUCGAUAAGAAAAUGUUUCAUAUAAAACUUAUGAUGCGUAAACAAAUAUAUUUCAUAUACAACUUUCAGAAUUAAACCGUUAUUUUUACUGAAAGUAUAAGGAUUAUAAAACCUGAUUUAUAUUUUACCUAUCCAACACUGAGCUACUUUAUUAAAAAAAAUCAUCUUGUGUUACUCAUCACGUAAAAUGUAUCUUGUACGUGUUCUUCUUUCCAAGUAGUGGUCUUAGUCUAUCCAAGGUGCUGUCUACUUAAUUUCGUGUUCAUCGCUUCAUGAAUCUCAAAACAAUUUUUUAGUGUCUGCGGCAGCUGUAUCGAAUUUUGUCAUAUUUUUUUGAUCAAAGUUGAUUCAUUUUGGAUUUUUUUAUAUCUCAAGAUGUAAUUUGAAAAUAAUAAUGCUAUCGUCAAUGUUAGUACAGUAAUGAUUCUAGCUAUUUAUUUGAGUAUAGCCAAUGUUACACAUAUAGGUAGAAGAAUAUAAUUACAACUUUGAAUGUGAAACUGGAGUUUAUUUGUGUUCUACUUUGUUAGCGAUUCAGCAACUGUUCCCGUAUAUGAUUCCCCUGAACAUUUAAAAUGUGGUUUAUUCUUUUACACAUUGGAAUAUUUGAUACAGUUUAAGAAUACUGCUGUAUUUGAACUAGAUAUAACCGAUUAAAGUGGAACCAUUUCUGAUCUGCAUAGCUUAUGGAACCUCAUCAAUAUUGGAGUUUGUUGGUUAUAUGUUCCCUUGCACUUAGCUAUUUCUCAUUAAUCUGAAGGUUUUCGGACUUCCUAAAAUGCACUUUUUUUUUGGCGAUGGUUCUAUUUUAAGCUAGACCAAAUGAUAACCAACCGUAUUCUUUUCAUAACAAUGACAUUUAAAUUUGUCUUCUGGUUCUGAUUCUGAUCUGUCACAUAUUUAUGUCGUGCAUUUAGUGCGAAUUGCAAUUAUGGAGCAAUAAUCUGUAGUUUUACUGUUUUAGUUUCAGUCUAGUUAGACGUCAUCUAUCAGAUUAGGGUGAGUCACAUACCACGCAAAGUUAACUAGUACCAGCUAGGUACAACUGAACAUAACCUCCCCCAAACGUACCUUAAUUUUUGAAUCAAGUUUAUUUUUUGAAUAUUCUUCUACUGUUUCUAAGGUGUUCGGUUAGUUAUACUCACAAAAGUAUGCAGUUAUUUUGUACAGCUCGAAAUCGAGCCAAUGUUGAUUAGAAUAGGAAUUAUACUGUGCAUUUCAAAAAAAGGUAUUUACUAUUAUUUGAACUGAUUGAGUUAGCGGGCUGGAAUUCGGGGUGAUGAAUUUGAUAUACAGGGUGUCAUAUCAUCAAAACUAGGUAAAGGAUAUUUAAAAUAAACCAUUUUUUUUUUAUUUCAAUUGUUUGUAUGAACCUUCUGUCUUAAAAUUACUCAAAGAAUAUUCUGUUAAAUUUAUGACAUAACACACACCCUGUAUAAAAGUGACCAUUGAAAAUCUAUUUUUCUGAAUGAAAUGGGGGGUCUUGUGAGCCCAUUUUGAAGAUUCUUAUCAGUACCUUAUAACUCUAGAGUAGAAAUAAAAUAUUUCAAACUGGCAAUCUUCCACAAUUGUGCAUUCUUGUACAUGGAAUCGCUUAUAACUCAACAACUAAUCGUCAAAAUGCUAAAUUAAUUAUCAUGUAUCAAUUUCAGCACCCCGAAUUAGAACUCACUAACUUGACACGGAUGACUUUCUUUGAAAAGCACUGUAUAAUUAAUUGUUGUUUUCACAACUUCACUCUAUUCGUUAUGAACAAUCCAGUGUUGAAUGGAUUUUUUUUUUUGUAUUGCAGCAGAAACUUUUUGAGUACAGUACACUUUUUGGCACAUAUCGUAAGAUGAAUCUCAGAUUUUGCUGAUAUUAGCAGGUAAAAUGUAUAAAUAUAUUUUUGUAGUUGUCAAAAAUUUCCGUUGAUCAAAAAUCAUAUCAAAUACUCAGUAAUGUGACCUUUACAAUGUGGCUGAUAUCAGCUGUGAGCGUUGUGCUCGUUUAGUCUCAAAAACAAACCGUCCAAUCGACACCGACUUAGUUGGUGUGCAGCUAGAUAUAGAGGAAAAGCUAUUUAAUAUAUUCUAGUAACUAGUAUUCUAAUAUUCACCAUAUUUCAUUAUUUCUCACUUUUAUAAUUGAAAAUGUAUAUUCAGUUUUGCAAUAAGAAUAAAGAUCGAUUAGUUUGUGUAGGUUUUAACAGAACGUAGAUAUUAUUUUAACAUUUAUCGAUAUCUUAGUGCUGUAAAUAUGAUUGUUUUAUUUAGGUUUAUCGUAAAAUGGAUAUUGAUUUGCUGUAUUAUCUUAGAAGUAUUGAAAGAUGUUUGUACACAUGUUGAAAG